AGAGGAGAGAGUGGAAAGGAAGGGACGAUGGGAACCAGGCAGUCCCGAGCCAGCUCCAAGGACAGGGGCCCCAAGAGGAUGCUGCUGCUGGGGAGGAGACAGAAGUUUUCUUCGUGGGACGACACCCUGCUCUCGGGAAAGGAUCCGCGCUCUCUGCUAAAGCGGGGCAUGCGUCACAUCAGCUUCAGCCUGGUCACCAAAGGAAUGACAGACAUUCCCGACUUUUUGUGGGGCUUGUCCGAGGUCCAGAAGCUCAAUCUGUCUCACAACCAGCUCCGGGUUCUGCCUCCCGAGGUGGGGAAACUGACGCGGAUCGUGGUGCUGAACUUGUGCGGGAACCGGCUAAAGAGCCUGCCCAGAGAGCUGAGCAUCCUCCAGAGCCUGAAGGUCCUGUUCGUCAACAUGAACUGCCUGACCGAGGUGCCAGCCGAGCUGAGCUUGUGCAGAAACCUGGAGGUCCUGAGCCUGUCGCACAACUGUCUGUCCCAGCUUCCCGCCAGCUUCACCGACCUCUCCAGGUUGCAGAAACUGAACCUCAGCGACAACUAUUUUGUUCACAUCCCCAUCUGCGUGUUCUCCCUGAAGGAGCUGCAUUUCCUGCAUGUGGGCUCGAAUCGCCUGGAAAACAUCGCCGAGAGCAUCCAGUGCCUGGCUGGCCUACAGAUCUUCAUCGCAGAGAGCAACAACAUCCACUCCUUCCCGAGGUCGCUCUGCCUCAUCCCAAGCCUGGAGCUGCUGAACUUGAACAACAAUGACAUCCAGACCCUCCCAGAUGAGCUCUACCUGCUAGGCAGACUGGCAAGGAUUGCCUGGAAUCCCAUGGACAAAGGGCUCCAUAUUUCCCACAACCCUUUGUCCAAGCCUCUGCCGGAGCUGGUGGAGGGCGGCCUGGAGAUGCUUUUCAGCUACCUGAAGGAAAAAAAGCACAACUGACCGGGCAGCGGGGGCUGGCGUGGUAGCCGACUCACCU